CUGACUGCCAAACAAAACUGCGGUUUGCAAACCACAACUGAUAAUGUUAUCGUGUUUUUAAAACUUGAUUUAAUAUCAAUGCAAAUAGUGAUAGCGAGUUAGUCUGACUGUAUAUAAUGAAUAAGAUGACUAGAGCCGGUUUUCGUAUCGCCCUUCUUCAGCUGAAGGUCGGCCCAAACAAGAGUGAGAAUGUUGCAAAUGCUCUGUCCAAAAUCCGAUCCGCAGCGAAGGACAAUGGUGCACGGGUCGUUGCACUGCCGGAAUGUUUUAACUCGCCGUACGGAACGCAACAUUUCGCCCAAUAUGCGGAGGAAAUUCCGUCUGGCGAGACUAGCUGCAGCUUGUCUGCGGUCGCUAAGGAACUGGGGAUAUAUCUGAUCGGAGGCACAAUCCCUGAGAAGUCAAAUGCUGAGAACAAAAUUUACAACACAUGUACGGUGUGGUCCCCCGAGGGAUCUCUGAUUGCAACUUAUCGAAAAAUUCACCUUUUCGACAUCAAUAUUCCCGGUGGAAUAACCUUCCGCGAGUCCGAUGUUUUAACCGGUGGCGAUAAGCUUGCGGUGGUUCCAAUCGAUGGUGCCAAGGUGGGCAUCGGGAUUUGCUACGAUAUGCGAUUCGAGGAGCUGGCGAGGCUGUACCGCAACCAGGGAUGCGACAUGUUGAUUUACCCGGGAGCGUUCAACAUGAAAACCGGACCACUACACUGGGAGCUAUUGGCCAGAGGAAGAGCGACCGACACGCAGUCUUACGUUGCUACUAUUUCACCUGCCAGGGAUGCCUCCGCUGGUUACAUUUCCUGGGGACACUCGAUGGUGGUGGAUCCCUGGGCAAAAAUUAUUGCGUCGGCGGCGGAAGGUGAAGAGAUGGUGCUGGCUGAUAUUGAUUUUGGUAAAGUGGAUGAAGUACGAGAGCAGAUACCGAUUUCCAGCCAGAGGCGAACGGAUUUGUAUAGUACACGCUUACAGGAUAGUUGAGUUGAACGACGAAAAAUGAGAUCUAAAAGUUUUUUAUGAAUGAAUGUUAAUUGGCUUUAAAUAUGUGUUAGUCGUUCAUACUUUUUUUUAGCAGAGACCCUUUGUGUAGACAACAUUUUUGAAUAAAUAAGUGUACAUUUGGAA